AUGUACGUGCUCCCUGGAGCAGAGAUAAACGCGGCUGACCCUCAAAUGGAAGAAAGGCGCAAAUGGCGAGAGAGUAAGAAAAGGAUGGUUCUGAGUGCCCUUAACCCAGUUGCCUUUCACCGCCUCCUCCAUUUGAGAUGGUACGAUACCUUGGUUACGAGCGAGGCCAGCUGUGCUGCGUUACAGGUGAUUGCACUUUUGACCUAUGAACUUCUCGCACCUUGCUCCUCCGACCCGAAGUACGCUUCGAUCUGCAUGCCUCGGAAGCCCGUACGAACUCCUCCACGGUCUACUACUGGAAGCCUCCUCCUAGUGGCCGGAGCAAAAGACGAACCGGUCCCUUCCCGAUUUGGAGAGCAACAUCUUUUUACUUGGUCGGGAUCGGAUUUAGCAGAAAGGCCUUCGGAGGCUAUCCUGGUCACCAUCUCCCAGGCGCCGCCUAUUGUGUCUUCACGGGACAACAACCACGAUCCUCUUACACGAUCACGAAGAAGCCGUAUGGAAAGGAUGUAG